AUGGAAGCAGACGGCAAUCUGGCUACAACCCUUAUUAAAGCAGAAGUGUGGUACUACUGUGGCUACUUAUUGGACAACUUCAAGCUAACACUAAAUCCCCUGGUUCCUGGUUAUUGGCCAAAAACCCAACCUCAACCCCAGCAGCCGGUCUACCAGCCCAAGCCUCAGCCCCAGAAGCCGGUCUACCAGCCCAAGCCUCAGCCCCAGAAGCCGGUCCACCAGCUCAAGCCUCAGCCCCAGCAGCCGGUCUACCAGCUCAAGCCUCAGCCCCAGAAGCCGGUCCACCAGCUCAAGCCUCAGCCCCAGAAGCCGGUCUACCAGCUCAAGCCUCAGCCCCAGAAGCCGGUCCACCAGCUCAAGCCUCAGCCCCAGCAGCCGCUCUACCAGCUCAAGCCUCAGCCCCAGAAGCCGGUCCACCAGCUCAAGCCUCAGCCCCAGCAGCCGGUCCACCAGCUCAAGCCUCAGCCCCAGCAGCCGCUCUACCAGCUCAAGCCUCAGCCCCAGAAGCCGGUCCACCAGCUCAAGCCUCAGCCCCAGAAGCCGGUCCAUCAGCUCAAGCCUCAGCCCCAGCAGCCGCUCUACCAGCUCAAGCCUCAGCCCCAGAAGACGGUCCACCAGCUCAUGCCUCAGCCCCAGCAGCCGCUCUACCAGCCCAAGCCUCAGCCCCAGCAGCCGGUCUACCAGCUCAAGCCUCAGCCCCAGAAGCCGGUCUACCAGCCCAAGCCCCGCCCCCAAUCGGCUCGCUACAGGCCCAAGCCCCACAUGCCUCACCAUAUGACACAGCUUGAGGCUUUUGGUUACCAGCCUAAACUGAAUUCCUAUAACCCAAGGUCUCAAGCACCCUACUACCAGCCCCAGCAGCCGAACUACCAGCCCAAACCUUAG